AUGACUGGAGGAAAAUCUGCUGGAGGAAAGGCGGGAACCACCAAGAACGCUCAAUCCCGUUCAUCCAAGGCUGGUCUCGCAUUCCCAGUUGGUCGUGUUCACCGUCUUCUCCGAAAGGGUAACUACGCUCAACGUGUCGGUGCUGGUGCCCCUGUCUACCUUGCUGCUGUUCUUGAGUACCUUGCGGCUGAAAUUCUCGAGUUGGCCGGUAACGCUGCUCGCGACAACAAGAAGACCCGUAUUAUCCCACGUCAUCUCCAACUCGCCAUCAGAAACGAUGAGGAAUUGAACAAGCUUUUGGGACACGUUACAAUCGCACAAGGUGGUGUCUUGCCAAACAUUCAUCAAAACCUUCUUCCAAAGAAGACUGCCAAGACUGCUGGUGGAAAGCCUGCCAGUCAAGAGCUAUAG